AUGGAUCGAGACUGGAUUUACUUGCCACACAUCAGUGUUGAAUAUGAGAAAGGAGUAGAAGAAUUUAUACAAUUUACGCAACGUUAUGAAGGUAGAAGUGAUGAUGAAGUGAAGUUUAGAUGUCCUUGUGUGAACUGUUUGAAUGCGAGAAAGUUGAAUGCAACUGCAAUUAGGGAACAUCUUAUAUGCGAUGGUUUCCUUCCAAGUUAUACAAUAUGGACAUGGCAUGGCGAAUUAAUAGACUUCCCAACUGUCUCCCGAACUGAAAAUUUUGUGGAUUCCAUCAUGGAAGAUCAACGUGAAGAAGACAAAUUAGAGGACAUGAUCCGUGAUGUUGGCGCUGAAGCUCUUGCCCAAGCGCACGUGUAUGAGACAAUCUCUACUGAUUUAGAGACUCCGUUUUCAAUCGCUGCACAUAGCAUGUUGUUAGGGAAAUCAACUACUAUGACAAAAAGGCUAGCAUGGUCGAGCAUCAAGUGUAAUUUACAAACCGGCUCAUAUGAGUGCAGUUACUAUGUAAUGCAAUGGAUAUCAACCAUUGUACGUGCUCGUAUCACAAGUGGUUGGGAAACGAGAUUUGGUACCAGUACAUCAAUCCCCGUCAAGUCCAUCAAAUAUUUAAGGAUAGCUUUGGCAAAGUAUAUUAUUCAAAUGUACAAUAGUACUUAGUAUAUUUGUUUAUGAAAGCAUAUGAUAUUGUAAU